AUGUCGAUCCAACGCCUUGUUCGCUUCGUCUCGAAAGAUGACGGCCAGACUUAUUACGGUGCUGCAGAUAAAGCCUUUCAAUUUGCCAAACCUCUUCAGGCGGGAAGCCCGUUCUCACCUGAGACUCAAAUUAGUGACAACCAGCAUGGUAUUCAGAAGCUCUUAUGUCCCAUUGACAUCGACCAUGCUCGUUCUGUUGUUUGCAUUGGGCUGAACUACACAGAUCAUGCCGAGGAAGCAAACAUGGCCAUUCCAAAGGUGCCCGUGGUUUUCUUUAAGCCAGUGACGGCACUUGCGGGCCCAUACGACGAUCUUGCCCUGCCUCGAACCUCUUGGGAGAAAGAAAGACUAGAUUAUGAGUCAGAACUGGUAAUUGUCAUUGGCAAGAAGGCCGCUCGGGUCUCCAAGGAUGAUGCAUUAGACUACGUAUUUGGUUAUACGGCCGGAAAUGAUGUUUCAAACAGAGCAUGGCAGCUCGAACCUCACUUAGGCGGAGGCCAAUGGUGCUACUCGAAAUGCUUCGACUGUUCCGCACCUAUCGGACCUGCAAUCGUGUCAAAAGACAUCCUUGGCUCUGCUGUCGGUCUUGGAAUUCGCGGUACCCUCAACGAUAACCAGGUGCAAAAGGGCAAUACCAACAACAUGAUCUUCUCAGUAGCCGAGAUUGUGUCUUUCUUGAGCCAGGGCAUGACGCUGCUCCCUGGAACCCUCAUCUUUACUGGAACUCCGGCUGGUGUUGGGUUCGGAAGGACGCCUCAGAUUAGUAUGAAGGAAGGCGAUGUCAUCAAGAUUGAGAUAGAUGGCAUUGGUGCUAUAUCUAACAGGGUUGUAUAUGAACAGUAG